UUGGGUCACAGCUGUGACGUGUAGGAAGCAGGGCCAGGCUCAGCACGGGCGGGCGGGGCAGAGGAGAAGACAGCGCAAAGACUGAGUGCGUCUGAGUCUGAGUCAGUUAUGACGCACGGGCGGAGCCUGGCCGCCUGGAGACUCAAAGCCGAGCGGUGCACCCCGAACCCCGACGGCUGCAGUGCGUCCGCCGCACCGCUAGGGGCCAACGCAGGCGGACGGAGGAGUCUGAGCCAGAGACAGCGAGAUCCCGACCUGUGCGGAGCCAGGAGGCCGAGCAUCCUGGAGCCCAGCUUCAGCAUACCAUCCACACUGGGUGGAGCUGAUCCUGAGUACCAGCCCACCUGAGCUGACCCUGGAUCCUGCACACCAGCCAGAGCUGAUCCUGAGCCCCAGGCUGGCUGAACUGACCCCGCGUUCUGCAUGCCACCAGAGAUGACCCUCAGUCCUGGCCCGACUGAGCUGACCCUGGAUCCCGCACACCAGCCAGAGGAGACACCAGCCCCCUGCCUGGCUGGGCUGACCCUGGAGCCCGCACACCAGCCAGAGGAGACACCAGCCCCCUGCCUGGCUGAGCUGACCCUGGAGCCCGUGCACUGCCGACCUGAGCUUCUGGAUGCCUGUGCUGACCUCAUCAAUGAGCAGUGGCCCCGCAGCCGUGCCUCCCGCUUGCACUCCUUAAGCCAGUCCUCAGACAACUUCCCCCUCUGCCUGAUGCUGCUGAGCCCCCACCCCACACCCGGGGCAGCCCCCAUUGUGGUGGGCCAUGCCCGCCUGUCUCGGGUGCUGGACCAGCCCCAGAGCCUCCUAGUGGAGACAGUGGUGGUGGCCCGGGCCCUGAGGGGCCGUGGCUUUGGUCGCCACCUCAUGGAGGGGCUCGAGGUCUUUGCUCAAGCCCGGGGCUUCCGCCGGCUACACCUCACCACCCAUGACCAGCUAUACUUCUAUGUCCACCUGGGCUACCGGCUGGGUUUCCAUUCCUGGGGCAUGACCAUGCAGCUAAGCCUGGCCCUGGUGCUAGGGGUAGCCCUGUGCCUAGGGUGUGGCCAGCCCCUGCUUCGGGCCCCUGAACGCCCCUUCUCCGUGCUGUGGAACGUACCCUCAGCACACUGUAGUGCCCGCUUUGGUGUGCACCUACCACUAGAGGCCCUGGGCAUCACAGCCAACCAUGGCCAGCAUUUCCAUGGCCAGAACAUCACCAUCUUCUACAAGAACCAGUUUGGCCUCUAUCCCUACUUUGGGCCCAGGGGCACAGCUCAUAAUGGGGGCAUCCCCCAGGCUGUGCUCCUUGACCGCCACCUAGCACGGGCUGCCUACCAGAUCCAGCACAGGCUGAGACCUGGCUUUGCUGGUCUGGCAGUGCUGGACUGGGAGGAAUGGUGUCCACUCUGGGCUCAGAACUGGGGCCACCGCCGAGCCUAUCAGGAAGCCUCAUGGGCUUGGGCACAGCAGGUAUUCCCCAACCUGGACCCCCAGGAGCAGCUCCACAAGGCCCGUACUGGCUUUGAACAGGCAGCCCGUGCAUUGAUGGAAGACACACUGCGCCUGGGCCGGGCACUGCGGCCCCAUGGGCUCUGGGGCUUCUAUCACUUCCCAGCCUGUGGCAAUGGCUGGCACGGUAUGGCUUCCAAUUACACGGGCCACUGCCACUCAGCCACCCUUGCCCUCAACACCCAACUGGAUUGGCUCUGGGCUGCCUCCAGCGCCCUCUUCCCUAGCAUCUACCUCCCACCAAAGCUGCCGCCUGCUCAUCACCAGACAUUUGUCCGAUACCGCCUGGAGGAGGCCUUCCGUGUGGCCCUUACUGGGCACCCACAUCCCCUGCCUGUCCUGGCCUAUGCCCGCUUCACAUACCAGAGCUCUGGGAGGUUCCUGUCUAAGGAUGACCUUGUGCAGACCAUUGGUGUGAGCGCAGCGCUGGGGGCAGCCGGCGUGGUGCUCUGGGGGGACCUGAGCAUCUCCAGCUCUGAGGAGAAGUGCUGGCAUCUUCAUGACUACCUGGUGGACACCCUGGGCCCCUAUGUGAUCAACGUGACCAGGGCGGCCAUAGCCUGCAGUCACCAGCGGUGCCAUGGCCAUGGACGCUGUGCCCGGCAAGACCCCGGACAGCUGGAAUCCUUUCUGCACCUGCAGCCAGAUGGCAGCCCUGGAGCUUGGGAGUCCUUCAGCUGCCACUGUUACUGGGGCUGGGCUGGCCCUACCUGCCAGGAGCCCAGACCUGAGCCUGGGCCUGAAGAAGCAGCAUAAAGCCAGGAGUCACCUGCUCUGACCCUCUUGUUCCUGCUGCCACUCCCAGUCCUGGAGGGUUCUAUCCCACUCCUGUUCUAUUUAGCCUAGCCAGUCCUCCCAUACACACACCCUACUUUCCAUGGGAUCCCUGGGAAGUGGAAGGGGCGUUUACACGAUUUGAAAACCAGAGGAGCUCUGAAAUCACCUGAUCCCUCCUAACAAGGAAGUAGCCCCAGGGAGAGACAGGAUUCCAGAUGGUUAGAGUUGCCAGCCCAGGGCUCUCUGUUCCUUCACAUCACUGAAUCUAUGGAGUGGUCACAAGACACCUAUCUGUCCAAGGGCAGGUGGGCCCCAAGAUCUUGGCUAAGAUCUGUACCUGCUAAGCUGUUGUCUACCUUGCUUUCAUCAUAAAGUCACUUUUU